CCUGCCUCCGUCACAGGGAAGACAGAACAACAACCAACCAAGGGUGUUAAGAACAUGCUGUUCACCAGGCAGCUGUGGCACACACCUUUAAUUCAGGAGGCAGAGACGGGCAUGUGUUUGUAAGUGUUAGGCCAGCCUGGUCUACACAGAGAAAUGAAAAAACCAAACCAAACCAGCCAGCCAGCCAACCAACUAAAACCACACUGUCUUGGAGAAGAACCAGCAGUGUUCAACACCACAACCAGGCACCAUUCACUGGAUGACUGUGUGUCUGGGUUUGAAUCCUGUACCUGAGGAACCCCACAGGACACUGGAACAGGAGGAGUGCUCCGGAAGCCACGCCUCCUCCCGAGGAGAUGCAGAGCCUCAGGACUGAGCAGACACAGGGACUUCUGCCUUGGGACAGCAGAGCCUGGGAGAAGCCAUGCCACGCCACCUUCCCCAAGGACUGGGAGGCUGUGGAGGUCGGGGCCUGCAGCUGUGACAGCGACGAGAAAGAUCUGUCUUCCCCAGAGCCUGGGCUGCCUCAGGAAUGGAGCUCAGUAGAAGAAGAUGACGAGUCGGAGGACUCCCAGGGCUUUAUGGAGUGGUCCAAGGCGCCACAGCACACAACCAUCGUGUUGGUAGUGUGCGUGCUGUUCUUAUUCUUGGUUCUCACCGGGAUGCCCAUGAUGCUUCACGUUUAACCACCGCCGUGUGGAGACACAUGCCCCGUGUCACGCUAAGACACCGCCCUGGAGAGAAAUGCCUUUCACACGUCCAUUGAGAUGAGUUUGUAAUUAUUUGUAAUUUAUUUUUAAUUAUGUGUAUGUGUGUCUCUCUGUGUGUGUGUGUUAUUGUGAGUGCAGUGCCUGCAGAAGCCAGCAGAGGGAGUUUGAGCCCCUGGAGCUAACGUUGUAGGCAAUUGUGAGCUGGCUUUAAUGGGUGCUGGGCCAUUCUCCGCAAGAGCAGCAGAUACCCUAAACCGCUGAGCUGUCGAUAGCGUCAAGAGGUUCCUUUUUCCCCAUAAAACAUUUUAUUAUGAGGUUUUUUUGUUUUACUAAGAUGUAUUUAAAUGAAUACAUCAUCGAUUAUAAAAACACAUUAUUUUGUACAGUAUUGAGAAGUUUGGUACACUGCUGAGAAAGAAAAAAAAAAGGUGAAUUAAUUGUCCAAUUCCAAUUAUGAAUUGGAAGACAUUCUUCAGAGAAGCUAGAAAAUGUGCAACUUAGGAUCACUGCUGAGCCAUCUCUGUCUUCUAUAAAAUUAGCAUUGUACAAUUAAGCAUUCUGUUUGCCUGUGUGUCGAUGUACCGUGUACGUGCCCGGCUCCUGUGGAGGCCAGAAGGUGGUGGAUCUCUCAAACCUGGUGUUGCAGAUGGUUGUGAUCCACUAUGUGGGUGCUGGGAGCUGAACCUGGAUCCUUUGGAAGAGCAGCCCGUGCUCUUAAAUGGGGAGUCAUUUUCUAGUGCCAUUCUCAUAGCAUCUUCAGUGUGCACAGUCUUUCCACAUACACUUCCUUUUCUUGCUAAUUUAUAUAAGGACACUUGCCUCUAUUUUGAUGUCUUAAGUUGGUGCUAUUUUUGUGAAGUUUCAAUCUCAUGGCGUAACCUUACAUCUUAGAGAGAUCUGAGUAAUUUUCCAUGCUUUUGAAUAAUUUCUGAAGCUUGAGAAAUAUCAGGUCUUUGACAGCUUGGAGGAGUUUACUGUGGCUGGAGAGAUGGUGUCAUGGUUCAGAGUGUGUGUCACUGUUGCAGCUUCACAGCACCCACCUGUGUGGAGCUCCAGCGCCAGGGGCUCAGGCUCCCCCUGCAGGCCUCAGGGCAUGGCACAUACACGCAAGCACGCACGCACACACCCACCCGUAAUUCCCACCCCCACAUAUAAUUAAAAAAUAAAUCUUAAAUUUUUUUUUAAAAAGAAUUCACCAGUACUCAGUUCUGAGAUUUGGAAAGCAGUUUGAAUUAUCAUAAGCCAUUAUUAUGAUAAUUCUAUCUUGGUAGCUUAUGAAUACUUUGUUACU